AUGCUUCCAGUGAAUCUACUCCCUUUCAUUGCCAUAUGCCUAGCACUGGCACUACCAGGACUCGACUUUAAUGCUUUGAGUGAAGUUCAGAAGUCUGCUGUGUCUCAAGGCCAUAUGGUGUACAACUCCGGUGCUUAUAGCCUUUCAUAUGUCAACUCAACAGUGGGCAACGAGGACUUUGACGGCCACCGUGCUCCAUUCACCUCGCUCUAUAAAAAGUUUGCACUCAUUAAUACCCAUCUAACGUUUUUGGCGUCCUUCUCGCGUCAGACAAUCCCAACAUUCGACCAUAUCCAGAAGCUCAAUGACGAUAUCUCCAGGAUUGAUCUCCAGAUAAUAAAAGACCUUCUACCAGAAGGAGAGGUAACGUUCGAUUACAUCGACGAAAACCAACUACUCAUUGGAGAGAGAGUGGAUUUUAAGCGUACCAAAGGCGGUCUUAAUCAAAAUCAACCCAGAUCCAUAGAUGACGCGUAUGAGGCCGUGAGCCGACAGAAUACUAACAAGCCAGAAAAGCAGCUUCUUGUUUUCGAGUUCUGUGACGUGAAGGUCAGGGGAAUUGGUGCUGUGAUUAAGGGUAAAGAUAAGUGGAAGAAGGCAAAGAAAUCGCCACUGCCACCCAAAUUUUUCACCAGUACAAACGAGUUGAGCAUGGAUCUGCUUUCACAAGAGCAGCUUAGAGCAAUCAUUGCUGGGAGAAAUGAAUUUUUCUCGGCUUGCAUUGAUGAGUUCUUAGAAGGCUUCACCCAAGAGGAGUUUGAAGAGGGUGUGCCAUUCAAAGUACUCAUAGAGAGAAACGUCAAAAACAUCCCAGAGCCCUCACAUCUAAGCGAUCCUGUUGAGGUGAUGACAGUCAGAAAUACUGAUUCAGUGUCCAGCGAGAAACCGGAUGUCGAUAAGAUGCUAGAAAGUUUGAACAUGAAACCUCUAUUCAGAGAUCAGAUUUCCACUGUGGCCACUCUUACAGCCCAACGGGAAGCAAGAUACAAAAGCCUCGAUCCGGAGCUACUCCAUGGUAAUUUGGUUGAUGCCCUUUGGGACUACAAGGGUAUUGAUGCCAUAGAAGGUGGACUUUACACACAUCAGACACUAGCGUUAUCGGCUGUUCUAUCAGAGCAGAAGCACGUCAUUGUGAGUACAUCUACGAGUUCGGGUAAGUCUCUUAUUUACCAAUUGCCAGUGUUGAGUGAUAUUCUUGAUGAUUGCGAUAGUGGUUUAAAUAGCCAUAGGAGAAGCACGACUGCAAUGUUUAUCUUCCCAACGAAAGCUUUGGCACAGGAUCAGAAAAGACAUUUGACGGAGCUCAUUUCCCACUUGCCUCAAAAGAAUCGCAAAAUAACCGUUGAUACAUACGAUGGUGAUACUCCCUCCAAGGAUAGACCAUUCAUUAGGAAUUAUGCAGACAUUAUUUUCACGAAUCCCGAUGCAAUUCAUGCAGCUAUCUUACCAAACCAUGCGAUUGAAGCUCCAGAUGAAAGGCGUGGAUGGACGGAGUUCCUUACAAAUCUUAAAUACGUCGUUAUCGACGAGCUCCAUGUUUAUAAGGGAACUUUCGGUGUCCAUGUAUCAUAUGUGAUGGCUCGUCUCAAUCGUUUGAAAGCUCAGCUAGAUCAACACAGUCAUACAAGGUAUAUUUCUUGUUCUGCUACCAUAAAGGAUCCAGAAUCACAUUUCAGAACGAUUUGCGCAAUUCCAGACGAUGAAGAAAUUGCUCAUGUUCAUGAGGAUGGAAGCCCCAGUUCUGAGAAGAAGCUUAUCCUAUGGGAGCCUCCGAUAAUGAUGAAUAAAAAAGGGCAACGAGAAAUCCCACAGUCAAAACUCAAGCUGGCAACCAAAGCUCAAGUUCCAAUAAAAUCGGCAUUUCUUCCAAGGGAACAUGUGGUUGGUGAGCUGGCUAAAAUUCUUGUUCAUCUUCUUUGCAUGCUUCCCUCCAUCAAAGUCAUUUUGUUCUGCCCCAUAAGAGAAGUCUGCGAGUUGGUUAUCAAGGAAUGCAGAACACUCAUCAAAUCAAACGAAUUCCCACAAUGGAGUACGAUUAGCGAGCACGAUAUCAUGUCUUAUAGAGGCGGGUACUCAAAAACAGAUAGACGUGCUAUUGAACAAAAGAUGUUUAGCGGUAAGCUUCGAGCCAUCGUUGCAACAAAUGCGUUGGAGCUAGGUAUCGAUCUUUCAGAUUUGGAUGUGGUGAUAAGUUGUGGGUUUCCUGGUCUGAAGUCAAACUUGCAUCAGCAAUUCGGUCGUGCUGGUAGAAGCAGAAACUCGAAGGGUAGCUUGGCCAUUCUCGUCUGUGGAUCCAACCCGCUAGAUAGAUUCUACCUCAAGAACCCUCACGAAGUAUUAGAUAAAAACACUUAUGAGGAUCUUUGUGUCGAGGGAAUCCUAGAUGGAAGUCUGAACAGAGUUGUGAUGUCUAUGCAUUUGCAAUGUGCUGCGUUUGAAUGGCCAAUACAUCUAGAAAAUGAUUUGCGAUGGUUUUCACCCCAUAGUUCAGAAAAGAUGAACGAAACCUUCAGGCAGCUAUGUCAAGAUAAGCUCAACAAAGACGAUACGGGGUAUUACAGAACAGAUCCCCGUUACCUUCCGUGGCCUGCCGAGAAGGUGAGUCUUCGAGCAAUAGAUGAUAUCAUGUUUGCAGUGGUUGACAUCACAAAUAACAGAAAUGUUGUCAUUGAGGAGGUGGAGGCAGUGAGAACGAGUUUCACUCUAUAUGAGGGUGGCAUUUUCCUUCACCAAGGGUUUCCGUACUUGGUAAAAGAGUUCAAUUUUGAGGGACAAUAUGCCAAGGUUGAGAGGGUAAAAGUGACAUGGAAUACUCAGCAGCGAGACUUUUCUGAUGUCGAUCCUAUGGAGAUCCAGAUGGUCAAAAAGCUCCAUCCACCAACAAUGGAAGAGGCCUCCGACAUCCCAGUAUUUUUUGGCAAGAUUGAGACUACUGUCAUUGUAUUUGGAUAUUUUAAAGUCGACAGAAAAGGCGAAAUCCUCGAUGUCGUGGAGGUCAAAAACCCUCCAAUCAAACUACAAUCCCGUGGUCUCUGGAUUGAUAUUCCCCAAGCAGCAAUUGAGGCCAUAAAAGAGAAAUCACUCAAUCCAGCAGGCGGUAUUCAUGCUGCACAGCAUGCAAUCAUGAAUAUACUUCCCUUAUUUAUUACCGGUGGAGCUACAACCAAUCCAAAUGCUCGAUGGACAUCGUCUAUUGGAGAUGCCGAAUUAUCCACCGAGUGCAAAGCUCCAGAGAAAGAGUUCGCCUCAAGGCAGUCUCGGAGAAAGCGUCCUGCAAGACUCAUUUUUCAUGACUCAAAAGGUGGCUCACAAGGAACAGGCAUAUCAGCUAAAACCUUUGAAUUCAUUGACGAGAUCAUUCAAGUCACAUACCAACGUGUAAACGGAUGUGAAUGCGAUUGGGGUUGCCCGUUGUGUGUGACGGGAGCAUUUUGCAAGGAAAAUAUGCUUGUCAUGUCGAAACCAGCCGCAAUUAUUAUCCUUGGUGCACUCAUCGGAUAUGACUUGGAAACUCUCAAGAGUCAAGUGUCUGAUGGCCCGGAGCCGAAUAUGCCAAAGAUUGACACUGAGACUAUUGUGGGCACAGCCCAACACGUUAAGUUUGCUCCUGAUGUUGAGAUCACGGACAUCAGAAAGGCUAGACGGAAGUUAGAUGUAAUAGUCAAGAAGGAGGAAAAGGACUAG